UCGAGAAGCAGAUGCAAUGGAGGAUUUACCACCUGGAUAUAGAUUCUACCCAACUGAGGAAGAGCUGAUUUCGUUUUACUUGCAGAAUAAACUUGAUGGGAGGAGUGAGGACCUGAACCGAGUUCUGGACCGAAUCGUACCCGUUGUUUACAUUUAUGAGUUUAAUCCAUGGGAACUUCCACAGGUUUCGGGAGAGGUGAGCCAUGAAGAUCCAGAGCAGUGGUUCUUUUUCAUCCCAAGACAAGCGAGUGAAGCUCGAGGAGGGAGACCGAGACGACUCACAACAACUGGGUAUUGGAAAGCGACUGGAUCUCCGAGCACUGUUUACUCUUCCAAAUCCAAUUACAAUCGUCCCAUCGGCCACAAAAGAACCAUGGGUUUCUACAUUGGCAAAGCUCCCCGUGGAAAGAAAACCGAGUGGAUGAUGAAUGAAUACAAAGCCAUCGAAGGUCAUGCAGAUCAUAGUAAUCACCUUUCAAUGGCAGCUUCUUCAUCAAACACUAGUAGUAGUACUCCUGCUCCCACGUUAAGGGAAGAAUUCAGCAUAUGCCGGGUGUACAAGAAAUCGAAAUGCCUUAUUAGGGCAUUUGACAGACGACCUCCUGGGAUUGAGAUGACUAGAAACCCUAGCUUAAUCAUUCAAGCAGCUCCUGCUCAGGGUGCAAAUCAUUUGGAUCAUGGUUCGACAACAUCGAAUAGGAACCCUCAGAAUAUGGGAGAGAGAGCAAACUUAAGCUCACUGGAGAGUUCAUCCUCAGGAAACCAUGGCUCUCAAUCAUCUCAACCAGAACAAAGUGGGUCUUUGCUAAUGGCCGUUGAUAAUGAAGCUAUUUGGGAUUGGGACGAAUUAAUGGAUAAUUGGCUUUAAGGGGUGGACAAAAUGGAAUUGAAUAAAAGAUAACGUUUCCAUGGAAUGGAAUGCAAGUGGAAUAAUUUGUAGGGUUUAACCGUCCUAAGGUAAAGUUUGGACUACAGUUUGGAAAAGAAAGCCAAAUUCAUAUUGUGCUAGACUUGCCCUCACAAGUCUAACCAUUCUUAUGUGUUUUUUAGCAUUUAAACUUGUUGUACUAUAGAUUAGGCCUAAAAAUUUAAGUAAUGUUAUUCAUACCAUGUUUUUA